AUGGCGAGCCGUGGCACCUUUCCACGCCCACGUGGACACCGUCAUGCGCGUCUUUUCGCAGUGCUUGGGUUGUUGAGCCUGGGGACUGCGUGGAGCUUCGCCAGCUUCGCCCGAGCAAGCUCUGUUGGAGCCAGGGCCACCGAAGGAACCACCUCGUCGAGCACGACCACCCUGAAGGACGACUUGCUGAAGCGUUGUGAGGACUUCAAGCAGAAGCAGACUGAGAUGUGGGACCUCAUGGAUGAUGAAGCGGAGACGGAGAAAGACAAGGCUUCGCUCCUGGAAGCGGAGAGCUUCGCUGCGCAGCGGGUGCAGCUGAGUGAUGAGCUGCAGGAGCUUCGGGCGAAGUGCGUGGAGGUCAUUGAAGAGUUGGCAGAGAAGAACCCCACGGCGCAGCCCACCAUUGGCAAACUUCGAGGCUUCAGGGUGUUUGUGGAGGGCAAGGCCUUGAGCGACGAUGAGAUUGAGCUGAUAUUCCGCAAGGUGCGGCUCCUGCGGCGUUCACGCUUUUUGCCCGAGAUCACCAUUCCCCUGCCUGGCCCGGGCCUUUUGCGGGCCAUCGGACGGCUGUUCGCCCGCUCCAAGGGAGGCAAGGUGAAUGAAAGCAAUCGGGGUGCUGGGUUCAAGUUGCUUUAUGUGGACGAUGACCUCCGGAUGCACAAGACCUUUGACGGCCUUUACUUCGUACAGCGACGCCUGCAUUGA